GCAGUGCCGAAAGCAAGUGUUUUCUUUGUGUAGCUUUGAAAGCAGAUCAGAAACUGUGGAAAGUAGAAUGUCAGAAGAUAUUGAACAAAUUGAAAAAGAAAUAGAAACCGAAUUAAGCAGAAUCAGUGUUUCUUCAUUUGAAGCAGGUGAUCCUGACACGGAGGUAUCAGACGAAGCUCUGAGUGACAGUGAGACAAUUUCAGAUGACUUACAAGAAUCAGUUCUCUCCUAUUUAAACUUUAUAAAAAGUGGAAAUCAAGAUGCUGAGAGGCUUAUACUGCAAGACACAGAAGAUGAAGAAACCACAAGUAACAUUUAUGGAGUAGUUUCUUGCCAUGCUUCAGAUUACUUGGCAGAACUGGCUUCUGAAUAUAAAGAAGAUCCAGAACAAUUUAAAAAAAGGGUACUACUUGAAAUUGAAAAUGAAGACUUGCAGAUUGCUACAACACCUAGUUAUAAUAGUCAGUCCACUAGUGAUGAAGUGUUCACUGAUGACCAUUUUGUUACAGCUGAUGUUGAAAUGAGCAUAAGCCUUACUCAUCGUGAAGUAGAAGAAAAGUGUAGACAGGAGUUGGAGCAGUGGGAGAAAAGACAAAAGGAACUAGAAGAUGAGAAGAGGAAGAAGUGGAAAUCUGAGUGGGAAGCACAGGAAAAACAGAAUGAGGAGGAACAUGCAAGAAGGGUGCAGCUUCAGGAGGAAUUUGAGGCCGAGAGAAAAAAGUUAGACCUUCUUCAUCAGAAAUGCCAAACCGCAAUAGAAGAAGAGUUAGAGAAAGAAAAGAAAGCUUGGAGAGCCAAAAUGGUGCAACAUGGGGAAUCAAUCAUGAAGCUGCAGCUGCAAAUGGAAGUGGAGAAAAAGGCCUUGGAAGAGCAGAAAGCAAAAGAAAGACACCUGGCAGAACAACAGAAUACAGCAGCUGUGAAAAUCCAGGCUAGAUUUAGAUCAUUUUUAGUCCAUAAAAAAUAUGCUCCCAUCUUAAAACAACGGAAAGAUGAAAUUAAAAAAAAGCAGAAAAUAUUAGAAGAACUAGAAAGAGAAAUGAAAGAAAAAGAGGAAAAAAUGAAGAGGCAAAUGGAAGAAAAUAGGCAAAAGAAACAAGAGGGAAAAAAGAGACAAGAAGAACUUGAAAGACAGGAAUAUUUGGAACAAGUGAGGAGGUGUGAGGAAUAUGCGAAAAAGAAAGCAAGCCUGAGACUUGAAAGAGAAAAACAGCUGCAAAUAAGAAGAGAAGAACAGAGAAAACUGGGAGAAAAUAGUGCAAAAGCUGUAAUGAGUGAAAGUGGAGAAAACAACAAAGAAAAUGUAAAGAAGGGCAAGCAGACAGAAAAUACAAAAGGAAUAAGAGAGCAGAAGGAACUAAAUGAGCAAAUAGAGGAACAAAAACAAACUGAAAUGAUGGAUGAAAGAAAUAGUUGGAUGAUUCCAGCAGAAAGACAUUUGACACCAAUACCAAAUAUAGGAUCUGAAAGGGAACACUGUUCUCAAGUAAAUAAUGAGAACGUAUACAUGAAUUCAGUAACACACGUAGAAGAAAAUUGCUCACAAAAUAGAGUUCUUAAUAAAGAUCAAUAUAGUCAUACUUCAAAGGAUGAACCUGUUAAUUUUGGGGCUAAUGACACAGUAGAAAAUCAGGCAAACAAUAUAUGCAGCAGUGCACUGAAUAUCCAGCCAAAUGCUAGUAAUAGAGAAGUCAAAGAUCAAUUUUCUCAGUCUGAAAAAAUGAAGAAGACUGUGUUUCUAAUGGAAGAUGCUAAUGAGGAAGUCGGAGAGACCUGGGACAGAAUUCAAGAUGUAACUGAGCAUUGCAGUAGAGUAAUUCUUCCCGAUGAUAUUGAGAACAAGAGAAUAAACUGGAUGAACACAUGUAAAUCUUGGUCUAAAAUAUAUGGAGAAAACCAAAGAAAGCAAGCAACUAUAAAAAAACGACCAAGGAAAUGUUCAGUUAGCAAGUUGCCUCCAUUAAGUACACAAAAGAUAAUUCACAGUGGCCCUUGGAGUACUCUGCAGCAGGUCACAACACUUACAUUUGAGGAUUUGCCAGCCUGUAGCCUCUCAACAUUAGCUGAGUGUUCAAAUCUUCAAGUUUUAACUCUGAGGCGCUGUGGACUAGUUGCACUGGAAGGACUAAGUAGCUGCAAAGACCUGAGGUACAUCAAUGUGGAGGAAAACAACAUUCAGAUAAUUGACUGUGAAAAUCUAGAAAAUCUCUGUAUCCUGAUAUUGAAUAAGAACCAUCUUUCAUCAGUUUCUGGCUUACAUGGCUGUAUAAAUCUCCAAAAUCUUGAACUCUCCUACAAUAGAAUCACUCGAAUUG